AGUACCACAAGUUUGUGACAUAUCGGUCCCUUUUCGCUCCGCCGACUUGAUCAACGAGCCAUAACCUUCACAACACCCCCGAACAAAUAAAUGCACUCCGCGCCCAGCAACAGCACCUUUCCCACAGCCUCGUGAUAAAACAACCUCAAAAUCCACCUCCCUCACCACCGAACACAAACCCAUCCAGACCACGCAACAAACACCAACCUCCAAUUACCCAUGACAACACCGCCCCAGAACCCCCCAACCCCUCUCGUUACUUCCACAACCGUGCGCCAAACAAACCGCACCGUCGCCACCGCCACUCGGCCCUCCCACACCUACAACCUCACCGCCGCACACAAAGCGACCAGAUACAGCGGCAGUACAUGGCUCAGCAGAACGAAAAUGCCCGUGUACACGCCCAGCGCCAGCCGGACCGCCGAGACGUUGCGCGCCGUCUCCCAGCGCAGGGCGUGCAGCGUUGCGCCGUAGGGGGUGCCGAUUGCGUUGUGGGGCGGGCGGAGGGCCGGGAGGAUGGGAGGGAAGGAGGAGGUUUUCGAGGGGUACAAAGGGCGGAGAGGGCGGAGGAGCCAGUAGAACAGGUGGGCGGCUAGGUCGUG